AUGGCAGUCCCAGCCAUGAUUUUCAUUUAUUUUUGCAUAAGUUUCGGUUCAGUUUUUGAACUACUACGUUCUUUCGAUCAAGAAUUCUGUAGCAACAAUGAAAAUGAUAAUAAUUAUUUGCAUAACCCUGAGUAUGUUUUUUGUAUUUUCCAGAGUUAUUUUCACAUUUUUUUCUUUGCAUUUGCAAUGAUAUUGACUGCAAGCAUAUUUGAAGAAAUACUUGGGAGUUGAAAUAGAAUGCUUGUAGAAUUGCUUUAUGUAACAGCUGCUGCUAUUGUAGGCAAUGCAUUGUUAAGCCCAAGUUUAAGCUAUGACAGCUUCAAUAUACAGAUGAAUAUUUUAGGAAUAUAUGCCCAAUUUUGGUUUUUAAGAAUCCUUGCAAAUUUUUUAAAUAGCAUUUUAACCUAG